AUGUUUGCUAAUACGCAUAUAUCCAAGACCCCUCAGGCUGAUGCCUCGCUCCUCCUGUUUGAGACAAAGCAGCAAGCAGCAGCCAACGGCUUCUACUCGAACCUCCUCUCCCACCAACCAGAGCCUGCACCGGUCAUUCCCCCUUAUCCACCACACAUGCCCGUACCAGACGUCCGUCGGGUCCCCACCACAUACGCGCACCAGCACACGCAGUCACACGGCGGCAUGCGUGGGCCCUCCCCCAACGGCUCGCGCGCAUCGCCCUUCCCCGCCCCUUCCCCCACACGAGACGUUGGCCACCGCUCGACCAUGUCUACGACGAGCACUGCGGGACGGAUCGUGCCCGGGAGCGCACGCGACACGCUCGUGCAGGAGCUGCGCACGAUCAAGCUGCCGCGCGAGUGCCUGCCACGGUUCCUGUCGAUCGCGCGCUUGAACACGUUGCAAAACCGCGAGACGUGCGGGCUGCUGCUCGGGAAGGACCGGGGUACCAAGUAUGUCGUAACGACGCUGCUGAUCCCGAAGCAGCACUCAACGAGCGAUACGUGCAUGAUGGACGAGGAGGAGCUCGUGCUGCAGUUCACGGAAGAGCGGCAUUUGAUCACGCUCGGAUGGAUACACACGCAUCCUACGCAGUCAUGCUUCAUGUCGUCGGUCGAUCUGCACACCCAUUCCGGCUUCCAGCGGAUGCUCCCUGAAUCCUUCGCGGUCGUCUGCGCGCCGUCCUCAACGCCACAGUUUGGCAUCUUCCGGCUCACAGACCCUGGCGGCCUCCAAACUAUCCUCGAGUGCAACGCGAAGGAGGCAUUCCAUCCGCAUCCAGAAGUGCCUAUCUAUACCGAUUGCGACAACUGCCAUGUACAGAUGAAGGACAUGCCCCUGGAGAUCUGCGAUCUGCGGUAG